UUAGGGCUGGGCUGCUUGCAGACAGCGAGGCACGGCUCACAGAGAAGGACUUUGUGCCCCACUCCCAGCACCAGCAUGAGUGAACGCAUGAACACCACGGAAAUCUUCGAUGGCAUCCGCUUCCCAGGGUUCAUUCACACUCUGGAGUCCCUGAAAGCGGCCUGUGCUUUCCAGUUCCAGGACAAAGACGUCCUCUUGGUGACAUUCCCCAAGUCAGGUACCACAUGGAUGCAGCAAGUGCUGAGCCUUAUCUUCUGUGAGGGCCAACUGUGGCCUAUCCACCACCUCCCCAACUGGGCCCGCGUGCCUUGGAUAGAGCAAGUCUCCUUUAGCAAACUCGUUUCUGAGCUUAGAAGUUCCUGGCCUCGUCUGUUCACCUCCCACCUGAGUGCCAAAGUCCUGGCCCCGGCUCUGAAAAAGUCCAAAGCGAAGGUGGUGUACAUGGCACGGAAUCCCAAGGACACGCUUGUCUCCUUCUAUCACUUCCACCGAAUCGCCAGCUUCCUGCCCGACCCCAGCUCCUUCGAAGACUUUGUGGAUGAGUUUCUUGAGGGUACAGGCUUCUACGGUUCCUGGUUCGACCAUGUGAAGGGGUGGCUGGGCCUCCAGAAGGACCUAAAUUUGCUCUUUGUCACCUAUGAGGAGCUGCACCAGGAACCCCGCCUUACCAUCCAGAAGUUAAGUGAAUUCCUGGGGUGCCCCCUGAGGCCAGAAGAGGAAGAUGUCAUACUGGAGCACUGCAGCUUCUCCUUCAUGAGUCAGAGCAACAUGGUCAACUACAGCCUUUUGUCCAAUGAGAUCAUGGACCAAAGCAAGGGCAAGUUCCUGAGGAAAGGUGUUGUGGGGGACUGGAGGGAACACUUUACUCCUGAACUGGAUAAGAAGUUCAACGCUGUUUACCAGUCCAAGAUGGGUGACUCUGGCCUCUGUCUCCCCUGGACCAUGGACUGACCCUUCUGACCCAUCUGGCCUAUUUGCACAGAUCUGUCCUCCUACUCUGCUAUGCCCCUGAUCUAGCAAUAAAAGCUCAGGACCAUGCUGUGCAGA